UCGGCGUUUCAUUAUUUCUCUAAAAAUAACAUGUAUGCUGACACUGAACGUAAUUUACUGCCUUACGUUAAAAAAAAGGGCCACGUUUCGGAAUGAUGACAUGAGAAAGAUCCAGACAAACGACCUUGUGAAGCUGUUGCCGUCUGCUACUUGUGUAAGAGGCAAAAGAGGUUUCAAAACAGAAAGUUUGUAAAAACUUUGCUGUUUUUACAAGCACCUGUGCACCAUCAAUUUAGUUGAGAUGAUGAUGUACCUCUGCCCACAUCAAAAUGCAACCUCUUAUGAAACGUCGGUAUGUAAAGGAGAUCUUACAAGCUGCAUCCCGCAUCUUGGGUUCAUUCUCAUCUCAUCUCUCCUCCUCCUACUCUACGGAUGCUGCCCUCCUCUCAGACGGAGCAAGACACCAUACACCCUCCGCUAUACCUUCCACAAUGUCAGAUGGAUCUUGCUUCUUACACUCAUCUUCUUCAUGAUAUUCGCCAUCUUAGAUGGAGUCUUAUCAGACUUGAAGUCCGUUGCACCUCAGACGCAGCCACAUCUGUACCUACCGUCUAUCUGCGCUGGUGUAGCUGCCAUUCUUGCCUGUGUGUACUACCAUCAUAUGGAGGCGUGGCUUAGACCUGGCUUCAUAUGGCUUCUAGUGGCUUACUGGGUGCUAGCGCUAACAGGGGAGUGCUUAAGACUGGCAAGGUGGAUGGAAGAGCCGGAGAAUGCUGACGUGAGAAUCGUUCGCUUCAGUGCAAUUGUGGUCACCUUGUGUUCGUAUGCAAUGCUGGUGCUGUUGGAAUUUUGUGCUUUUGUCGUAACAGUUUUGGGCAAAUCGAAUGAAAUGACAGAUGGUCUUCCAAAGGAUCUACAGAAUCCGUCCAUGAAAUAUUACAUGAGGUAUGUGAGCUUUCCGUCCAAGGUUGUAUUUAGUUGGGAGCUUUGGUUACUGCGUCUCGGAAUCAAGAAGCCAUUGGAGAUAAGCGACUUGGGGGAUCUCCCUAAAAUGAGCUCGUCCCACUACAACGAGUCUAUAUUGGAAAGAUGUAUCAAGGAGGAAAAGGAGAGGGCUGUUAGAAAAGGUGGCCAGGAACACUUCUCGAUUUAUCGCAUCAUGCUGAAGGCACACUUCUGGUGGCAUGUGAAAGCUUCGGUCUUGAAGAUCGUUGCAGACACUCUACAGUUCAUCGCACCACUCACCGUUAAUGGGAUUGUCACCUAUGCCACGGUGUUGUACUACAAUAAAGAACAUACAAUGGAUCAGUCAUCUGAGUUUGUGACUCUGAACGAGUUCUUCAGUAAUGGCUUCAUUCUUCUGGCCGUUAUGACCGUCUUUGGUAUCGUCCGGAACAUCAUGUUGCAAAACCACUACCACUACACAAUCGUGUCCAGUAUACACCUUCGUGCUGGAAUGCAGGCAGCAGUCUAUAAUAAAACGCUUUGCCUGUCUGGCUGGACAAUGACCAGUGGUGCCUUGACCACCGGUCAGAUCACCAACUUCAUGUCAGUGGACAUUCUACACUUGAUGAACUUCUAUCAAUAUGGCCACUACGCAUACUCCCUUCCUCUUAUGAUAACUGUGCUAUUAAUCAUGCUGUACAGUCUCCUUGGUGUGGCCGCUCUGAUUGCAUCAUCGUGUUUCAUUCUAGCCAUCCCACUCCAGUACCAGCUUGCAAAGCUGCAAGCAAGACUACGCAAAAGUGCCUUGAAAAUCUCUGACGAUCGUCUGAAACAGACUCAUGAGAUGCUGCAAGGAAUGAAACUGAUCAAACUGUACGGCUGGGAGGAGAUCUUCUGUGAUGUCAUCACCUCAGUCCGCAACAGAGAAAUUAAGAAGCUAAUGUGGGCAGUUGUGCUCUACUGUGUCUCAAUUUUAACCAGUUACUUUAUACCAGCCUUCGUCACUCUUUUGAGUUUUGUGUUGUUUAUUGUCUUCACCGGAUUGCCUUUGACGCCUGCCAUUGCUUUCACUACACUUACAAUUGUCAACCAGCUGCGUUUCCCAGUCCGAAUGCUUACCAAUACGAUCAAGGUAUUCAUCGAUAACCAUGUGAGUGUCAAGAGACUGAAUGCCUUCUUCAUAGCUAAGGAGAUUGAGAAAGAGUUAAGAGACGAACCUGGGUUCGGCAAUAAUGACGAGCUGCAGAAAGAGGAUCUGGAUCAGGACAAUAACUGCAGCAAGGUUUGUGAAGUCAAGCCAUCAGACUCUUACGGGCAAGUCAUGUUUCACAGACUAGCAGACAACGAUGUAUGUAAUGGUGACGAUAAGAAAGCUGUUACGGCUAGUAACGAUUAUCUAGCGCUAAAAUCAGGACCAGUAGAGGAUGAGACGCUCCAUGGAGCUCAUCAACCAGACUUGCCAGACGACAUCGCCAUCAAGGUUGAGAGUGGGAAUUUUUCAUGGGAUCCUGAAUCUUCGUCCAGUUUUCUGAGUGACAUCAAUGUGGAUAUUCCUAAAGGAGGCUUAACGAUGAUCGUUGGUCAGGUCGGAAUGGGCAAGUCAUCUUUACUCUCUGCUCUUCUUGGUGAGAUGCACACUGUAUCAGGCACUGUCCGAAUCAACAGGGAGCACACAGGGAUUGCAUACUGUGCCCAGAGAGCCUGGCUCCUCAAUGCUUCACUAAGAGACAACAUUUUAUUUGGACGUGAGUUCGAUGAAGACAAAUUUGAGGCGGUUGUAUCGGCUUGCUCCCUGCGGCCAGAUAUCGACAUCUUGCCCGCUGGUGAACUGACGGAGAUCGGAGAGAAAGGAAUCAAUCUGAGUGGAGGACAGAAACAGCGAGUCAGUGUGGCUAGGGCCAUGUAUAGUCCUAAUGACAUCGUUAUACUGGAUGAUCCCUUCUCGGCUCUGGAUGUGCAUGUGGGAAGUCUUCUUUUCCAAGAAGGUGUCAUUGAUCAGCUUCUAGGAAUGAAACGCACCGUCGUGCUGGUCACGCAUCAGCUACAAUACAUGAAAUAUGCUAACAAGGUAUUGGUGAUGAAGGAUGGAUGCGUCAGUCUUCAAGGAACUCCCAAUGAUGUGUGGGCCGCCGAUCCAGACCUUCAGAUCACUUCCAGACAUCUAGCCGACAUUGCCGGUAAACCUGACGGAGAAGCUUGUGUUGAUGAAGCGGAAAUAGAGAGGAAAAGGUUACAGAAGCUGGUGGAGGAAAAGAAGAAGGAAGAAGAGAAAGGAAACUUAUCCGAAGAGGAAGGGAGACUGAUUGAGAAAGAGGAACGGAAUACAGGAACCAUCUCCUGGAAGGUGGUUGUCUUCUACCUGAAGGCCAUGGGAUACCCCCAGGCCUUUCUAGUUCUCAUCGUCACCCUCAUGCAACAUUCACUGAUCAUCGCCAGAGACUUCUGGCUCUCCAAGUGGUCUGAGGCUGGGGAGAAAUUAGAGCUCGCAAACGCCACUGAGGAAGAGAUGCACGAGACUCAGCUCUACUACAUCUUCAGCUACAGCGGAAUGACACUCUCCUCAGCAUCUCUCUCCUUCAUUGCUUCUCUGGCUCUCUUCUUGUCUGGUAUCGCUGCGGCUAAACAUCUUCAUCGUCGGAUGCUUGACGUCGUCUCCAAAGCACCCAUGAGAUUCUUUGACACCACCCUGGUCGGGCGCAUCCUGAACCGUUUCUCUAGCGAUACAAAUGCUGUGGAUUCGUCGUUGAUCAAUGAAGCACUGUUCAUGUUGGAGGCAACCUUCAAGUGCCUUACAGCGAUUAUUGUCAACAGUAUUGUGAGCCCAGUCUUCCUUUUAGUGCUUCUACCUGUGGCUAUCUGCUUCCUCACGCUACGACGCUUCUUUAUUACAUCAUCAAGGGAGUUACAGAGGCUGGACAGUAUAACAAAAUCUCCAAUCUAUGCACACUUCUCAGAGAGUCUAAAUGGACUGUCAACAAUACGUGCUUAUAGAGAUGAGAAGAGAUUUAGGGAGUUUCUGCUGAAUGCUGUUGAUAAGAACACAGUGGCUUUCCUUCAUAUCAACACAUGCAAUCGAUGGUUGGGAGUGUGCUUGGAUGUGAUUGGAGCCCUGUGUGUGUUUCUAGCAGGUCUGAUCCCCCUCCUAGUUGCAGUCACAUCAUCUCUGGAACCAAGCUAUGUAGGAUUAGCCUUGGCCUACGCACUGAUGGCAUCUAACAGUCUGAAUUGGUUCAUCCGUCAAUCCUCUGUUCUUGAGAUGAGAAUGAAUGCUAUAGAAAGAAUCAAGUACUACAGCGACAUUGUGACCGAACACUACAAAGGUACAUCACCGGAUUCAGAAUGGCCACAGAGUGGUGCAGUUACAGUGGAGGAUGUAUCAGUACGCUACGCUAAAACUCUGGAUCCAGUCCUAAGCAAUAUCUCUCUGAAUGUAAAACCUGGGCAAAAGAUUGGUAUAUGUGGGCGCACUGGCAGUGGAAAGUCUUCUCUAACUUUAGCUUUAUUCAGGAUAGUGGACAUGUUCAAAGGAAGAAUCUUAAUUGAUAAUGUUGAUAUAGCGACAUUGCCUUUGGAUUUUCUUCGACAGCGUCUGUCCAUCAUACCACAGGAUCCUAUACUGUUUACUGGUACUAUCAGGUUCAAUCUUGACCCCCUGGGAAAGUGCAGUGAAGAAGACCUCUGGAACUCAUUGGAGAUUGCACAAUUGAAAGCAACGGUCGCUGGCCUAGAUGCUGGCUUAGAUUCUUUGGUAUCAGAAGGAGGUGAUAACUUCAGCAUGGGUCAGCGGCAGUUGUUCUGUUUGGCUCGUGCCUUCCUCAGGAAGUCUCGUAUUCUCAUCCUGGAUGAAGCCACUGCAUCUAUUGACAUGGAGACGGACAACAUUGUGCAAAGAAUCAUAUCUGAAGAGUUCUCUGAUCGGACAAUUUUUGUCAUAGCGCAUCGAGUUACAACCAUACUAAAUGCAGAUGCCAUUAUAGUGUUGAAUAAUGGAGCAAUUGUCGAGUAUGAUACGCCUCAGAACCUGCUGGCAAGAGAGGGCGGUCUGUUUGCAUCGUUUGUGGAAAGCGCUCGUCACUAAGCACUGAACCAAUCACCAAAAUCUGCUGGCAAGAGAGGGUGGUCUGUUUGGAUCCUUUGUGGAAAGCUCUCAUCACUAACGGGAGCUGAACCAAUCACCAAAACCUGCUGGCAAGAGAGGGUAGUCUGUUUGGAUCCUUUGUGGAAAGCGCUCAUCACUAACAGGAGCUGAACCAAUCACCAAAACCUGCUGGCAAGAGAGGGCGAUCUGUUUGCAUCCUUUGUGGAAAGCGCUCAUCACUCACAGGAGUUGAAUCUAUCACCAAAAUCUGCUGGCAAGAGAGGGCGGUCUGUUUGCAUCCUUUGUGGAAAGCGCUCAUCACUCACAGGAGCUGAACCUAUCACCAAAACCUGCUGGCAAGAGAGGGUGGUCUGUUUGGAUCCUUUGUGGAAAGCGCUCAUCACUCACUGGAGCUGAACCAAUCACCAAAAUCUGCUGUCAAGAGAGGGCGGUCUGUUUGCAUCCUUUGUGGAAAGCGCUCAUCACUCACAGGAGCUGAACCAAUCACCAAAACCUGCUGGCAAGAGAGGGUGGUCUGUUUGGAUCCUUUGUGGAAAGCGCUCAUCACUCACUGGAGCUGAACCUAUCACCAAAACCUGCUGGCAAGAGAGGGUGGUCGGUUUGGAUCCUUUGUGGAAAGCGUUCAUCACUAACAGGAGCUGAACCUAUCACCAAAACCUGCUGGCAAGAGAGGGUGGUCUGUUUGGAUCCUUUGUGGAAAGCGCUCAUCACUCACUGGAGCUGAACCAAUCACCAAAAUCUGCUGUCAAGAGAGGGCGGUCUGUUUGCAUCCUUUGUGGAAAGCGCUCAUCACUCACAGGAGCUGAACCAAUCACCAAAACCUGCUGGCAAGAGAGGGUGGUCUGUUUGGAUCCUUUGUGGAAAGCGCUCAUCACUCACUGGAGCUGAACCUAUCACCAAAACCUGCUGGCAAGAGAGGGUGGUCGGUUUGGAUCCUUUGUGGAAAGCGUUCAUCACUAACAGGAGCUGAACCUAUCACCAAAACCUGCUGGCAAGUGAGAAGGUGGAAGACUGGGAUUAAAACUAGUGUGAAGACUGGACUAACAACAACAAUGGCUUCUAAUAAAGCGCUCAGGUCCGUCAUGCAGUGACGCUCAUGGCGCUCCAACAUUAUUACCCCUGGUCAC